UUUGAAUUUGAUCGCGACCUCGUCCACGAUUCCAACCUCGAAACAUCACCACUAACCAACAGUCCGCGAUACCAGCACCAAAAUGCGAACUUACGAGGAUACCUUCUCCGGAGAGAAGAUCUACCCUGGCAAGGUACGAAUACCCACGACUUCCAACUCUUUCCGCGACGCUCGUAUGCAGACAAUGGUGGCGAGGGGCAUAGGACGAUUGAAGGGAGGAUUGGAAUCGAAGAAUUUCUAGAUGAAGUGCUGACGGAGGAUUUUUUGAAUAGGGCAAGCUCUAUGUCCGUGGUGACAGCAAGAUCUUCCGUUUCCAAAAUGGAAAGACCGAGUCCCUUUUCCUCCAACGCAAGAACCCACGUCGCAUCGCAUGGACUGUUCUUUUCCGAAGACAACACAAGAAGGGUAUCUCUGAGGUAUGCGAAAUUUUCCAAAUUACGUUGCAGAAGAGCUGGAAGAGACUUCGGGAUGGAGGCGGGGGAGAGACGGACGGAAGCAUGAUAUAGGAAUGGGAUUGAAAUACAGAUUGCUAACGAACCUCUCUUCUUUCCCAACAGGAAGUAGCCAAGAAACGCUCCCGCCGAACCGUCAAGUCCCAGAGAGCUAUUGUCGGUGCCUCCCUCGAUGUCAUCAAGGAGCGACGAUCCAUGCGACCAGAAGCCCGAUCCGCCGCACGCGCCGAGGCAAUCAAGGCUGGAAAGGACAAGAGAGCUGCAGCACAGAGCGCAAAGAAGGCCGAGAAGGCAAAAACUGCUGCUCAACAAUCAAAGGGAGCCGCUGGACGAAUUGUGGGCAAGCAAGGUGCUAAGGGUAGUCAACAAAAGGUCCAAGCACGAACAAAGUAAAUUCGGGUUCUUUCUAUUUGAUUUUUCGAGGCGAUUGGCACUUUGGGCAUUGUCUUCAUUGCUGGAUGGGCUCACGCAUGGGUUGGAAGCAAAACGGGCUUCUUGUGGGAUCUUGAACGAUAGAUGAUCAAUGCAAAGCGGUAC